CGGGCACUUCCGUGGAUGCUGCAUCGCUAUGGGCUGCGGGCUGUAGUGUGCGUGUGUAACAAGCACAUAAUCUCACUAUUGUGGGCAAGGGAAGGGUCCCAGGCGUCUCUCUGGCAUCUAUCCGUUGAACAGUAACUGGAAAUAUUUUCUUCGGAGAAAAAGCCAAAUCUGUGUUUACGAAGAGGCUAUGUUUUUUUAGGGGUUAGUCGCCACUCAUUGCCCCUUUCUCCCUGGAUGGGUGCAUCAGUCAGCUGCUGUGGACUCGGUUUACCCUGGAAGUAUUCCUGGAUAUGAUUUUCAAUGUUUGAACAGAAAAAAAUGCAUUUGGAAUAAGGCACAACUUUGAUCAAAGGACCUUACUGAACUCCAAAAACAGUAGUUGACCUCUUUGAUGGAAUAACUGGAGAUGUAAUUUUCAACUGGCAGAAAGGUGGCAAGUGAGUUGCAACCUUCAAUGUCUGACAUUUUGAAACAGGAUUUUUGGAUUUUCACAUGAGCACUCAUCUUUAAGAUAAGAUCAAAAAAGAGGAUUCCCUGUAAUAUUGGAUUGCCUACUGUGCUGAACCAAAUGAAAUGGAAAUAUAAGUAAAAUCAAGCUUUAACUGUAGCUCCUAAUCUCCAUGAAUAUACAUGUCAACAUAAUGAAUGCAUCCCAGUGGAAAGACUUGAAGUAAAACAAGAAAAGUUUUUCAUUUGCAUUACCCCUAAGGCUGACAUUGGUUUUACGGAAUGCAUCAGAACACCUGACUGUGCAAGCUUGGCUUCACUCACAUUUGCUGCUUCAUCUAGUCUGUAAUACAAAGUGACAGCUAGCGGCCUUCAAGGAAGCAUAUGUCAUCUACCAGAACCACACUGUCACCUGAGUACCUUCUUUUAUUCAUCAGGUUAAUUAAAGGAAGUGCAGAAGAUUAACGAAGAUCAAAGUGAGGAAAAAAAGAAAACGGGAGUUCCAGGUUUUAAUGCUAACAAGGAGACUACAUUUCAUGCCAAAGUUUGCUGAGUGCCGUUGUGAUACUGUUCUGUGAAGAAUUGCUGAAAUUACAGUCCAAGAUAAAUAGCCUUCUUAAAGCUUGACAAAAACUCCACCGGUUACAUGCUUGGCUUUUUUUGUUCUGGCUUGUUCUUCCUGCAGGAGGCCAGCUUCUCUUAUGUGGUCCUAACCUGUACCUGAGACAUCAGCCAUAGAAACUAAUGGGGAAGAUGCAAGGUCAUUCAGCAAAUACCUGAUUUCUCAAAAGGCUUUAUCAACACUGAUUACAGUUUAAUUUCAAGUGUUAAAUGACUUUGGAAAAUUCGUCAUUUCAACAAUGAAAGGGUUAUCAAGCAGUCGUAGCCACCAUCAUGGCAUCCCCUUUGAUCAUACACGUGAUCAUAUGCCAGUCCAUGCAGACAGAAAGCCAUAUUUAUUAAAUCCCAUGGAAGCACAUCCUGCAGAUCAUCCAUAUUAUACACAACGGAACUCUUUUCAGGCAGAAUGCAUGAUGCCUUACAAUGAUGCGCUUGCAAGCAGCACAUUUCCAAGAAGGCAUUACAGUUCACAACAUGAACUUAAAGAAGAAUGUGCAUUGGCUCCACGUGCAGCAUCAACGAAAGUAAACCGUGUUCCUCCUAAUUUCUUGGACCACUUUGAUAGGCAACUUCCUUUAAAUCGUGAUGGCUACCAUACCUUACAGUACAAAAGAACUGCAGUGGAACACCGUAGUGACAGCCCGGGUAGAAUACGCCAUUUGGUCCACUCAGUACAAAAACUCUUUACAAAAUCACAUUCUCUCGAAGGCCCUUCUAAAGGAAGCAUCAAUGGAAACAAAGCAAGUCCAGAUGAUCACCAUAGCAUUAAAUAUGGCAAACGUAGUAAGAGUAAGGAAAGAAAAUUAGAGAUAAAGCACAAGCCAAAUAUGACAGCAUGGUGGAAUCCAGAUGACAACAUGGAUGGGGAUGUUUGCCUUUAUCAUGGACCAGCAGGUAUUAUGACCAUGGGACGUUGUCCAGAUCGUUCUACAUCACAAUACUUUCUGGAAGCAUACAGUAAUAUUAAUGAUCAAGGUUUGAAAACCUCCAGAAGCAAUAAUGAUGUCAAGUGUACAUCUUGUUCCAGUGUACCAAUUCCAAUUAAUCUGGACUCACAGCUCAUGAAAAAGAGUUCAUGGUCUUCAUCACUCACAGUAAGCAGAGCCCGAGAAGUAUACCAGAAGGCUGCUGCAAACAUAGAUAAACCUAUAUUAAAAUCAGAACUAUCCCAACCAGAACGGAACUGCCAAUAUCUUCAGGUCCCACAAGAUGAAUGGAGUGGGUUUUCCACUAUGAGCAAAGAUGAGGAGAUUCCAUGUCGACGCAUGCGGAGUGGAAGUUACAUCAAAGCUAUGGGGGAGGAUGAUAGUGGGGACUCAGAUACCAGCCCUAAACCAUCUCCAAAGAUUGCAGCACGUAGGGAAAGCUAUCUUAAAGCCACACAGCCAUCACUCACAGAACUCACUGCACUCAAGAUAGCCAAUGAGCACUCUCCGAAACUUCAGAUUCGAAGCCACAGUUAUCUGAGGGCAGUGAGUGAAGUUUCCAUCAACAGAAGUUUGGACUGCCUGGAUCCAGCAACCUUGCUUGCCUCACCUAAAUUCCGAUCUCGGAAUGAAAGCUACAUGCGAGCCAUGAGCACUAUCAGUCAGAUGAGCGAGAUGGAAGUCAAUGGUCAGUUUGAAUCUGUCUGUGAAUCGGUAUUUAGUGAACUGGAGUCCCAAGCAGUGGAUGCCCUGGACCUACCAAUGCCAAGCUGUUUUCGAAUGAGAAGCCAUAGUUAUGUGAGAGCUAUUGAGAAAGGCUGCUCUCAAGAUGAUGAGUGUGUCUCUCUCAGGUCAACGUCGCCCCCUCGAACUACCACAGUAAGGACAAUCCAGAGCAGCACAGUUUCAUCAUGCAUUACAACUUACAAGAAGACCCCACCUCCCAUACCCCCAAGAUCAACAAAGCCUUUCAUUUCUAUCACAGCCCAGAGCAGCACAGAAUCAGCCCAAGAUGCAUAUAUGGAUGGACAUGGUCCAAGAGGGGAUAUCCAUAGUCAGUCUAUUCUCAGUAACUCCACUGAGAGCUUAGACAGUAUGAAGGCCUUAACUGCAGCCAUAGAAGCAGCCAAUGCACAGAUCCAUGGACCUCCUAGUCAACAUGUGAGCAGCAGUAUUGUCCCCAUUGGCUGUGCUACUUCAAACAACAAUAACACUUCUGGUGUGAUGGACGACAGGGGAAUGUCUGGCUUAGCAGAGGCAAGGAGAGAUCUAAUGAGAAGAAGUAAAUGCUACUCUGUUGGCAUACAGGUGGAUGGCCCAGAGGAAACAGUCAUUGUGGAACAGGAAGAGCACAGACCAUAUUACAGGUUUCAGUCAAUAGGAAUUCAAGUAGAAGAUGAAGAAAAGUGUUUCCGCAGAUUUCUACGCUCAAAUAGUGUGACAGCAGGAGUACAGGCUGAUUUAGACCCACGUGAUACAAUAGAAAUUGUAGUGGAGUCUCAUGAGCAGGAUGGACCUGGCCACAUGCCCAUGGUGAGGCAAUUCUCCCGCGAUGCAAGUACCUCCACAGUCAGCAUUCAAGGAUCAGGAAACUACUAUCAUGCUUGUGUGAUGGAUGAUGACUUUAACACAGAAUUUGACCCUUCCAUUUUACCUCCCCCUGACCCCUGGAUAGAUUCUGUAACAGAAGACCCUCUUGAAGCAGGUCAGAGGUCAGUCUGUCAGCGAGAUGGAUACUGGUUUCUGAAGCUGUUACAGGCAGAAAGGGACAGAAUGGAUGGAUGGUGUCAACAGAUGGAGAGAGAAGGACGGAAAAAUGACCUGCCUGAAGACAUUCUAGGGAAAAUCCGAAGUGCAGUGGGCAGUGCUCAGCUCCUUAUGUCCCAGAAAUUCCAGCAGUUUCGAGACUUGUGUGAGGAGAACCUGAACCCUAAUGCUCAUCCAAGACCUACCUCACAGGACUUAGCAGGAUUUUGGGAUAUGCUGCAGCUGUCAAUAGAAAGCAUCAGCAUGAAAUUUGAUGAACUUCACCAGCUGAAGGCUAACAACUGGAAACCAAUAGAGCUGCCAGAAAAGAAGGAGAAAAGGAUUCCUCCUCCUGUGCCAAAGAAGCCACCAAAAGCUCAUGCUCCUCUCAUACGAGACAGAUCUCUGGAAAGUUCCGACAGACAGAGACAGGAAGCACGUAAGCGACUAAUGGCUGCCAAACGAGCUGCCUCAGUGCGACAGAACUCUGCUACAGAGAGUGCAGACAGCAUUGAAAUCUACAUACCAGAGGCACAGACCAGGCUAUAGACCUUUGAGGAAUAUAAACUUGUAACAUAUAAUACAGUUCCUACUGGUCUUAUGAGUGAACACAGCGAUUUAUAUUCCUUUUACUCAGUUCUAAACAUUUUCUAAUGAUCAGAACUGUUUACCAUUUUUAUGGUGAUAGUUGCCAACUUGCCAAGAGACAUUUCUAUAAACCCUACUAAUAUGUUCUACCAUUAAUGGAUUUCCUCUGCUUCGAUACAUAUAUCAGUACUCCCACAGCUCCCAGGCUUCACAAAACAUAGUCUUUUUCUGUAAAAAGAACAAUUUCCUGUACAGUAGAUCCAUCCUGUCAAAUAUGUUGAUCUUUAGACUGCCUAAGUAUUAACCAGUAACUUUAUGUACAGCAAUAGAAUAUAACAGGGUACCUUGGCAUUAUAGUAAUGCAGAGCCUUCAAUUUGGACUCUGUUGUCUUCCUAAUAUAUUAUGGAAUUUUUUUUCCUGUAUUUUCUUUCUUUUUGAGGGGGGAGGGAGCUCUAACUCAUGUUUUUCAAAGCUGAUAUGGCACUUUAUUCAGGACUUGCAGCCACACCUUUUCACCUGAACUACUAUGCUGAACAGAAAGAAAAAGGAAGAAAACAUGCUCGCAGCAAAGCAUUUAUGUUGCUAAUGUACCAAGCCAUAGAAAAGAGCUUUCUUUGUAUGUUCACGGUGUUUACUAACCUGUGGGUACACAAGGUCCCUUUAGAACCUGUUUGCCGCUGUUUAUAUAAGGAAUAUAAAGCAAGUUAAAAAGAAGGUGAUAGGGUCUGAAAAGCUACAGCGACUGGUGGCAAGGCAGUUGUAUGAAAAGUUUGUUGUGGUUGAAGAUUAGCUUAAAAUGUGCAAUUUGGGAGUCUCUUCAAAUGUCUAUUUUUUAUUUAACUUUUUGUUUGACUCUUUAUAAACACUGUAGGUUGAAUUUUCUUCUCUGUUGUCUAAAGUUCAGCUUUCAGCUCUUGUUCUGGUCACUGAUUUAUCAGGCUGCAUGCAUCUCAGGUGGAACAAAUGUUGCAGGCAGCUAGAGUUUUUGUGACUGUCAUUGCUGAGAUUGGUUAAGGUGGCCAAACACGUUGUCACCACCAGUUUAUUUUGAUGGCAAGAAAAUGCCUACCCCCUAAAGAGAUUUAUCCCCCUAAAGAGAUGCGUGUUUUAUUGUGGUGCAAAACAGAUUGCUAUGUUAAUACAAGGAGGUUUCAGGAGACAAAGCCCCACCCUAUAUGGAGUAUGAGAUUUGUCUCAGGAAAAAAAAUCAUUUAUUGUUCAUUUUCAUAUUAAUUAACAACCUGCCAGCAAAAACAGCAUUGUGAAAGUUAACUAAAAUUAUCAUUAUUUAGUCAGUUAUGUAAUUUGCUACAUUGACUAGUUUCUUUAAAAAAAUUUGUAAACUAUGCAUCUUGUAAUAAAUGUCAUAUCACUUGUGAUGAAAGUUGAUUAAUCAUCUUAUUAAACCCUUUUAGAAAAUAAUUAAGGGUCAGAAUUCCAUGGUGUAUUUCAUUAAUUUAUGUUUCUCUGUAACUUUUAGUACACAUGUAUUCUAUAUACAUGUUAUUCAUCUGCAAAUCAUACAUUGAAAAGUGUCACAGAUUUUUGAUAUUUUUUUCUGCUGUUAGAAGCAUAAUGAUGUUCAGCUUUUCAUGAAGUACUUUCAUAUAACAUUUAUUUAUGAAUAUAAUGUAUCUGUAUAUUGACUGUAUGAGGCAGACUUUUUCUACUGCAGCAACAAUAUUUCAUACUUCUACUCAUUAAAUGUAUAUCAGAAAAUUCUGCAGACUUACCUGAAAAUGUGUGACUCAGUGCAGACCCAGACAGGAGGCGAUACACUCCCUGUCAGGGCAUGUAUUUAUACACUUCUACAAGCUUCCAGCAGUUAGCGCAGAAGACUAAAGCUCUGAGCUGCUAAUGAUCUGCUUCCUGUGCCUAGAACAGAGGGUUUGAAUCCUUCCACCUUCCUUUGCCUAUUUUGUGACAGUGAGUAAGUCAGUUAACCGGGUAGUACUAACGGGGUACCCUCGAAAAGGGGCAAAUAGGUGAAAAAAAGCUGUGGUGCUUUGUAAAUUGCACCUUUCUACAAUUAAUUUUGAAAACUGCAGUAGGGCAAGGUAUGUCCAUGUACUAUACAGUGUAACAUUAGCUAUGAGGUGAGACAAAUAUUUUUUUUUACUUAUGUAGGAAAGCUUUUCAGUUAUCCUCCAUAAUGUUGUAUUUCUUUUAAUAUGUUGCAUUUUUCUACAAGUUCCUCAUUGUAAAGAAAACCUUUGAUGCAGAAUAUUCUCUUUGAAAUUAGGCUGUUCUGGCAGGCAAAAGGAAGAUUUAUGUGCUUUAAGUGACUUUUUUAAGUUCUUCACUUCACUCCUUUUCAUUCAGUCUUGUAUGCCUCAGAGUAAAACCAAACUCUAAGUGAUAUGUUUGUCCUGAAUAAGAAAUAAGUUGACCAGAAUUUAAUACUUAUGCCAUUCUUCAUAAAUGGUACUAGAUUUUAUAAAUUUGGGGGUUAAUUUUAUACCUUAAGCUAUAUAUAACUUCUUAAAUAUUAAUUCUGAUGGGAAACCUAGUUAUCCUUAUCUAUAAUAUUCUGUUUUAAAUACCUUACAUGCUUUGCAUACAUUUGAAAAUUUAGAAAAUAGGCAUUUUGAAAUGCCUAAAAUUAUGUAUUUAAACUAAGCAGUAUUCUAAGUGCAAAGUAACAGCAAGCCCAAAUGGUUUGCUGGCGCAACAAAAAUGAAUUUCCUAAAAAUAUUUCAAAGCAUCAUAAAACAACACCUAUAUUAUGCUUAACUCUUGAAGCCAUUGGCAUGUCAUGAGUUAUGCAGUCAUUAGAAAUUAGGUAAAAAUGUUUACUUUUGCGGUCUGUAAAACAAGGGCUAGAUGUUUUAAAUAUUAAAAACAUAUUUUUGGUUAUAGUUUGUAUACAUACAUCUGCUUUACUGUAUAUUACCAGUUGUUUUUAGGUUUGGGUAAUUAUCUGCGUGUUGCCAGAUUUGUAUUGGUACAAACUGGUCAUGCCUGCAUGCAUAAUUAUGAGUUAGCUGGCUUCUAAAUGAAGUCACCCCCCCCCCCCCCCGCCUCUGACAUAGAGCAUAUUGUGGCUUCUGAAAGUCUAUGAGGUUGUAUAAUUUUAAAAAACGUGAUAUUCAAACAUGUUCAAGAACAGUUAAAUGUACAGCAGCACAGAUGGGCAAAAUAUAUAUUUUUAAUUUUUAUAAAAUUAUUGGCUGAAAUUUUUUAUAGAAUGUCUGCAGGGCAGUCAUUUCAACAAAGCAAGAUUUAAUUAACUCAGUAAAAAAAAAAAAUCUAACGCCAGAGUUUUGUUUUUAUUAGGGAGCUAAAAGAAACAUAUCUAAUUCAAAAUAAUAGCUGACAAGUACAAUAAAAAUUCAAAUGCACAGCAACAGAGAACUCUGGAAAUGUUCAUACACAGCUUAAAACAGAAAAUCUUUGCAGUACAAUCUUUGAGAAGAAGGGUUUAAAGCUCUAGCCUUUCAUUUCAGUGCAAGAAAUGGAUACUGGAGCAAGAACAAAGUAUUUUUCUAAGUCAUUGAGUUUGUAGCAGCAAAGAAAAAGCAGGGACAUUUUGAUGGUUAAAUGACAUUCUUGAAUUUUUUGACAGAACAUAAUUAUUGUAGAAAUGGACUGAAAUACUGAUAACACAUUUUCACAAAUAGGUAGCUACUGUCCAUUUGUGUUAAAUUGGUUACUAGUACUGCCAUUGGGAGUUGUAUCACUGACAUUAGUGUUAAUUUUGAAGGACAAAAUAUCAAUUCUGUGUGUUGUUUAUUUAUCUUGACUAAACUGUUCAUAAUUUAUUUUUUAUUAUUAUUAUUUUUUUUUUUUUUUGCAAUCAGUUAUAUCUUAAAGCAAACAGAUUGCAUCAGUUAAAAAUCAGAUCAGUCGAUAUAAUUUAUUUGUACAAAAGGUUUAUUUCUGAAUGAAAUGCAUAGUAUUCUGUUUAUGUCAUAAAAAAGACAUCCUGCUAGCUUAGGUUUAAAGGUGGUUUGCAAGUUUAAUAACAGAGUGACUAUAUUAUUUUCUUUACAAAAUGUUACCACACAUAUACUUACACCUCUUUCUUUGUAAAAGAAGUUGAAGUACUGAUGAAUAGUUUUUUUAUGUACUAACAAACCUAAGUGAACACAAUUAUUUUGUUGUUAAUGUACAGUUUGUCCUUUGUGAUGACUUAAUAUGCAUUAUAUAUAAAACAGUUUCUCUUUUCAUUUUGCUUAUACGCUUUUGUUUGCCUCUUGCAAUUGUUACUAAGUGGAAUGUAAACUGUUGACAUAUCUGUAUACCUAAAUACAUUCUGAAACAUUUUACUAUUAAAAUAACAUUGAAGAGGACAAUGAAAGAGAAGCAAAAUGGGAAAAUCAUUACAGCUAAACAACUUUUUAAAAGAAUUUGAAAUGUUUGUGUCUGGUCAGAAACAUGUAAAUAAAUUAAUGUUACCCUUACUGUACAAAAUAUUAAUAAAACAAUGAAGACA